AUUCAUUUUUACAUAUUACAACACUGGUACUUUACGCGGCACGCCACGGCCCAAAAAUCCGUGUUGAAUCCGUGUGAAGUGGCGAAAAUACCACGAAACGGCAAAAUUUGGUGCACUGUCUCUUCAACAAAUACAUUUUGCUACAAAGUUUCUACGUAGUUAUAAUUCUGGGAUUAUAAACACGGUAUACGUCCGCAAUUAUGGCGUCGAGUGAAGGUCGAAGUGCUUCAUCGAACUUACAUCAGCAAGAUUUAUCUAAACUGGAUGUCACAAAACUGUCUGCCUUGUCCCCCGAAGUCAUAUCUAGACAAGCUACUAUCAACAUAGGAACUAUUGGUCAUGUAGCCCAUGGAAAAUCUACAGUUGUGAAAGCUAUCUCAGGGGUGCAGACUGUCAGAUUCAAGAAUGAACUAGAAAGAAACAUUACCAUCAAAUUGGAGCGCCUGUCGGAUUCAGUUGUAAGAAUGUUCCGUGAGAGAGCAGAUGAGAGGAAUGAAAAUAUGUUCUUUGAAAAAAUAAGAAGAUCAAAGAAGAGGAACCUUUCACUUGAACCUGAGGAUGCAGAUAUCUUGCCCCCUCCCAAAAAACAGAAAAAAGGCAAAAAUAAACAAGACCUUGGAGAGUAUAUAAUAGAAAAAAUUUAUGACUUCAAAUUUGAUUCUGGUAAGGAGUACUUCCAUAUUAAAUGGAAAGGGUAUGAUGAUAGUGAAAACACAUGGGAACCUUUAGAACAUCUCGAAAAUUGCCCUAGCAUAUUAAGGAGCUUCUUGGCUGAAAAAGAAUUGAAAUACUGUGAAAAAUUUGAAAAGCUGAAAGAAGAGAUUGCUUUUGAUGAUUUACUAAGUGAAGAUAAUCUUAUUGUUCACUUAUCUGAAGUAGAAGAAACAGAGUUAUCGACAUUGAAAGAGAAGCUGUUACUUAACCUAUUGUCAAUGAUUUGCAUGACAGAAGAGAAUGAAUCUUAUGGUGCUGAACUUGUCCAGAACACAAGAAAUAUCUUGCAGAUGUAUGUCAUAACAAGGAAAAGAGUUCAACAGUUGAUGGCAUUAAAAGAUUGGGAAGAGCAUCUGAAUCAAGUUGAUAAGUGUAAGAAGCUUACAGUAGAAAAUCAUGUUGAUCUGGCUGGCCCUCCAGAUAACUUUACGUACAUUAAUCAAUCAAUACCAGGUGUAGGUGUAACAAUUCCAGAUGACCCACCUAUUGGAUGUGAGUGUGCUGCUUGCAAUUGUCGCUCUAAAUCUUGCUGUGGCAUGCAAGCUGGAUUGUAUGCUUACACAGUAAAUAAAAGGCUACGGGUGGCAUCUGGUACACCUAUAUAUGAAUGUAACAAAGCCUGCAAAUGUUCUUCUGAAUGUAGUAAUAGAGUUGUACAGGGAGGUCGAAAUAUUAAAUUGACUAUUUUUCGUACUUCUAAUGGUUGUGGAUGGGGUGUAAGAACAGAACAAAAAAUAAGACAAGGCCAGUUUGUUUGUCAGUAUGUUGGUGAAGUUAUUACGUUUGAAGAAGCUGAAAAACGUGGCAGAGAAUAUGACGCUAAUGGUUUGACAUAUUUGUUUGACCUGGACUUCAACUCUGUUGAGAAUCCUUAUGUAGUUGAUGCAGCACAUUUAGGAAAUGUGGCACAUUUUAUUAAUCACUCCUGUGAUCCGAACCUCGGAGUGUGGGCGGUGUGGGCUGACUGCCUCGACCCCAACCUACCUAUGCUGGCGUUAUUUGCGACUCGCGACAUUGAUGCUGGAGAAGAAAUAUGUUUUGAUUAUUUGCAAAAAUCUAAUGACAGUGAUGAAAAUGGUGUAUGUAGCCCCUCAGUCAGCGCAGUGGAUGAUGAAGAGCUGAGUGUUGCUAAUGGAUCAGAAGCAGGCAGGGCAAACUCGCCCACCCCUUACAAGGGGAGUACAAAUGCCUCCGCUUCAUCACCUGUGAAGUCCAGAUUUGAAAUACAACAACAGAACAGAGCAGCACUUAGGAAUCUCACUGAAUGCAAAUGUGGAGCAACAAAAUGUAGAAAAUAUCUAUUUUAAUUUUAGUAUAUUAUGGAAUAAAUGUUGACUCAGUAGGCAACAUUUGUUCAUGCAGAUGCUUUUGCAUAUGCUUUUCCCAUUUUUUUAAGUAUAAACUUAAAAAUAUUAAAGGAAGAUGAACAAGUAAAACUAUUCAUUAGAUGAAUUUGCAUCAUAUACUCAUGAAAUUAUAUCCAUAAAUUCUAUAAACAACAACCAAAUAUAAAAUCUCAAUACUUACAAUAUAUUUAUAUAUGUAUAUCUCUGUUCAAUAAAUUGUGAUUUCAUUCUUAUACACGCUAAAAGUAUUAUUAAUGAGUCUUCAUAAGUGCACUUAUUGUUAUGGUGCUGUUAAAUAAAUUCUAAUUAGUGUUGCAUGAAUGUUGAACAGUUGAGCACAAGAGAAGAAUCAAACUGUUACAUUUGAUGUAUUUGUAAGUUUAUAUAUCAUACAUUCUUUUUAUCAUCAUAAUUAUUAAUAUCUUUAGAUGUUAACUGUUUUAUGCAAUUUACUACGAUGUAGUAUUCUCUUGUAAUUAAGUUUAUUGUUUUAAGUUUACAACAUAGUUAUAAGUGAGGUAAAAGU